UUUUGGGGAAACUCAAAUCACUUGAGCGCAGUCUAUGUAACCUUUCUUUCCCCGGAUCAGUUAUCUUGUUCUCCAGGACGGUUUAAAAACUUGCACUAAGUUGGCAGAUGAUCGAAUCUAUAUUAGACCUUCAUUUUUUAUUACGGUUUUAUGUGUAGACAAUUACACACAUAUAUAGGUGCAUUACCCGCCUGAAUUUUGUACCCUAGGUUGAAUUACAGAGCGAGCGGGAGCUGGGGUCAAUUGAAAAUGUCCAGGAAAGUUGCUACUAGGAGAGAACUGUUGGAUCGAUGGAGAGGCAUCGAAGAGGAAGAAGACGACGGCGACGGCGACUUUAAUGACCUUAAGCGCCGUCGCCUUCACAAGCUAAAAGAAGAGUGGUUUGCAGAUGCAUUCCACUUCCUGAUCCAGUUGCCAAAAGGGAUACAUAUUUGGUGUGGUUCUUGGGACCUAAUGGGUCCUUUACUGGAGACAUUCUACAAUUACUAUAAAGAUGAGCGUAAGGAUUCUCCUCUAAAGGCUCUCUGGAGUAGAGCUUCGGAAGAGAUGCGUCAUUGUACUCAAUGUAUUUGUCAGUACCAUCAAGCCCAAGAUAUGUAUAGCACAGAGUAUGAGUCAAGUUCGAUAGGUCCUCUUCUUGAUGUAUUGCGCACUCUUGAUGAGGAAAGAAUAAGUCAGCACCUACGAGAGAUUAAUGCAAGAAUAGCUCGCGGAGAAUCUGAUUUGGGGAGUGACAAUGGUGACAUUGUGUGUGUCAUGUUUGAGGUUUUGAUGUUUCCCAUCUUGUUAGAUGAUGAUUCCUUAACAAAUGAAUUUCAAAAGUUUAUUGAGGCAAUUGAUGACUCUCAUGAAUUGACCCUGGGUGGCCACCAACAAUAUCCGGGUGUUUAUGCAUUACUUUUUUGUAAAAGUCGGAGAUCACGUUCUAUUGGUUUCCGGUUGGCAGGACAAAUGAAUAGAUUGAGGCAAUCAGUUGAGUUGGAUCCUUUACAGCCCUUGUUGAAGCGAUAUAUUAAUUUCUUGGAGUCUGAAGAUGCCUCGACUGCUUCUCUGAAUUCUAGGCCUAGGGUCCAUCUGGAACGGCUAACUGUAUGGCUUGGAAUCAAAACACUGCUUGGGUUCUUAGAACCUCCUGCUUUUGAAGAAGGGAUUUUAGAUCGAUAUCCCAUAUUCCUCAGUCUUGUUCUCAACCAUAUUAGUGAUGAUUCUCCUGAAUUUUCCUAUGCAGUUAAUUGUUUGAGAUUGCUUUUUGAAAUGCUUGGCUAUAAGCUUUGGUUGAGGACUACACUCUCUCCAGGUGUAAUGAGGAAUACAUUACUGGGUCAAUCUUUCCACACUCGAAAUGAGAAGAGCCACAAAGAAAUUUUUGAUCUUUUCCAGCCAUUUCUUCAGUCUCUUGAAGCUUUACAAGAUGGAGAGCACGAAAAGCAACGGAGACAUUUCCUUUACUUUCUCCUACAUCAGGUGUCUGUGAGCAACAACUUUAGUAUACUAAUGAGGAAAAAGGCCUGUCAGAUAGCUUUGCUCAUUGUUCACCGAGGUUACAAGAUGAAUCCACCUAGCCCGCCUUAUGAAUGUGCACAUAUGUGGGGACCAUCACUUGUGUCCUUUUUAAAGGAUAUGUCACUGCACAUUUCUCUUCGACAACCUGCCUUUGAUCUUAUACAAACCAUUAUAGUAUCUGAUGCUUCGGUCAUGGCAGCUUCAGUUCUCAACUGUCAGCUGCAGACCAAAAAUGGAAGAGACAUGCAUGCAAAUUUUGAUGAUGAUGAUGAUGAAGGGCAAUUGUUAGAACAUGAUAUUGAAGGAAAGGAUGCCAGUUGCUGGAAUGACUUCUGUUUGCAGGCCAAAAUGACAUCAAGUUUAUAUGGAAGCUGGAUGUGCACCCCAAUGUUAUGGUUUGAGGUUUUAGUCGAGACUGAUCCUCUAAUUCUUCCAAUAUCAUUUUCCAAGGCAGUCUUUUGGGCUCUGUCUCGCCUUGUUAUGGUAGAACCUGAAAACAACUCAGAUAGGUCACUAUCACUUGGGGAUUGGUUGAAAACCUGUGCUUCAGAAAUCUCUAAUGCUUUUAGUUGGAAAGAACCGUCCAGCUCCAAUGAUGGGGGAAACAGUAUGGUAUCAAAGAAUUCUGUUAAUGUCUCAACACUGUAUAAGCCACUAUUGAGGACUUUCAAGAGAUUCACUGCCCAUUAUAUUGUUAGAAUGGAGCAGGGAGAGCUAAGGAAGCAGUGGACCUGGGAACCCAUGAUGGGAAACAGCAUAAUACUCAUGCUUGUGGAACCCAAUGAUAAUGCCAGACACGUAGCUAGAUGUAUUCUUGAACAGGUCUCAGAUACACAAGGUCUAACUUGUGGACUCCAGUUUCUCUGCUCGAGCCCAUCUUCACUGUCGGCCAUUUUUAUAGGUUUAAGACAUGCUUUGAAGCUGGUGCAACUGGAGAGUGUCCUGUCUGACUUUCAGUCUUUGCAUCAUUUCUUUUUUGUUCUUUCCAAACUAUUAAAAGAAGGGAAUUCAGCCAAAUUCGUAUCAGAGACGUGUAAUGUAUCAAACUUCUCUUCCCAAGGGGGAUUUUUGAAGCAGCCAGUUUAUUCUAAACAACCUGGUAAUGCGAUCGAAGAUACAUCAGUUGUUAGCGAUGCUUUGUGGGAGAAGUUCUGUUAUCUACUAUCAGAAAUUGCAUGGCCUGCAAUAGGGAAAUGCUUAGAAGAAGGAAAGGCAAAAUUGGAUCACAAAGUAUCUCAUAUGACCUGCAUCAGAUUGUUAGAGAUUCUUCCACUUAUUCUUGAAAAGUUUCAUGGAAAUUUGGCCGUUGUUUUCAGCAAUUCUAGCAGUUUAAAAUGGAUCUAUGAUUUGAUCGACUGGGGUAAGUCCCCCCUUCCAGUGGUGGCCAGAUAUUGGAAACAAACUUUUAUUUCUUUGCUGGGACUGUUAAAAGAGUUCUGCAAUGGGAUCUCUGUUUCGGCAGUUGUGGAUAUUGAGAAACUUAUUUCAUGUGAUAGCAUUCCAAUUGAAGAACUUACUAAUCAAGUUGCACGCCUUUCUGUAUCAUUAAUGAAUAACAAUUCCACUCGCAUUAAGAAAACAAGUAUGGGCUUUGACCAAUCUUCAAAAUUGAAACCAACUGUUAGUUGCUCAGCAGCUAGUGCACACGCUUCUAUGGAUGCGGAGAAAUUGCAUUUUUCUGAUUCAAAUGUAUGUAUUGGGAAGGAGGGAGGUGAGUUGGUAGAUCUUUGUGCUGAUGAGAAUGAGAGAGGAACUUCUAUGAGCCCUAAAUAUCCUUCCAAAAAUUUGUCAGUAAAUAGUGAUUGCUUGGCUGGAGAUGCACAAGUGUCUUAUGUGGAUGUUAAGAAAUUGCAUCAUUCAGACUCAGAUGUAAUGGUUGGCAAGGAAGGAGGUAAUGUGAUAGUUCUUUCAGAUGAUGAGAAUCAGUCAGAAACUUCUGUAAGAAAGGUUGUUUCUCAUUUUGGGUCAAUUCAAACUUCACUUGCUGACAAAGCUGGAAAAGUGUUGCAUUCUGAUAGUGUAAGCACCACCAAUUCUACAACCGGUAAUGUUAUAAAUCCUGUAGCAGUUUCUGAUAAUGUGCUUGAUUCAAACAUGAUGGAAGGUGGGACAACUGCUCUCAUCCAGUCAAAGGUUAUUCACGAAAAGAGAAAUGCUGUUGAUUCAAAUAUCAAUUUAAAAGAAAAUGUUACAUUGAUGACCCAUCACAGUUUCCGGAAAGAUUCGUCUUAUGAGAGUACAGUUCUCAAAACCAAGGAUCAGAGAGGAAAUAACAAGGCCAUAGAACAAGGUGUUAAAGUUCUACAAGAGCUUGUACAUGAUAGUGGAAAUGAUUUUGAGUUUGCUUAUCCCAAAUCUACUAGGGGCCGACAGACAUUAACAAUAAACCCAUGUAUUUCUGGUCCUAAACGGCAAGUCAUUCAGCUCAAUUUUCCUGUGAAAAACAAAGACAGUUUACCGAAAGCAGAUAGUGGAGUGAAAAGGUUUACAUCUGCAAGGCUUGAUGACUGGUUUAAACUUAUUUUGGAGUUGGAUUUUUUUGAAACAGUAGGGUUAUCAGUGACAAGUAACAAGGACAACCAAAGUUUAAGCAAAUUAAAGCAGGUACCUGUUUGCUUUGGAUCAGCUCAAGAAUACAUUGAAAUAUUUCGGCCAUUAUUGGUUGAGGAAUUUAAAGCACAAUUGCUUAGUUCAUUUCAAGAGGCAAGUUCACUUGAAGAGAUGUUUUGUGGCAGUUUGUCUAUAAUGUCUGUCGAGAGAAUUGAUGAUUUUCAUAUGAUCCGCUGUGUUCAUGAGGAUUUUGGUAAUAAUGGAUCUAGAAGCUGCUCAGAGAAUGACCUUAUUUUGCUUACAAGGCAACCGCUGCAAGAUUCUCCUCCUGAUGCUCAUAUGGUUGGCAAGGUGGAGAGGUCUGAAAGGGACAAUAAAAAAGGAUCAAGUAUAGUUGUUGUCAGGUUGUAUCUUCAAAACAAAGCUUCUCAUAUCAACAAGGCAAGAAAGCUUCUAUUCGAACGCAGCAAAUGGUGCAUCAGUCGCUUGAUGAGUAUUACACCUCAACUAAGAGAAUUUCAAGCAUUGUCAUCAAUAAAAGAGAUCCCUCUGCAAGCUGUUAUCUUGAACCCUACCAAUCGUGGGCAUAGUCAAAAGUGCAGUAAUAAUCUAAGUAAACUGACACAAAAAUUAAGUCAAGUCCUUAAAACGGAAUACAAUGAGAGUCAACUGGAAGCCAUCAAUUCUGCCAUUGGGCCUUUUGACCCAAAAAAGGAUUUUGAGCUGUCUCUUAUACAGGGCCCUCCUGGUA